AGUGAAUAAUGUAAAAGGGGAAAGGGACAAAUAUUGUUGGCACCUCAAUAAAAACGCCCACCUGGGUUUCGUGUGUCAUACCGAACAUCUCUGGGAUUUUGGCGUAUAUAUUUUGAAGGUUGAACAGGUUAUCGUGACUCAGGAACUCAUACAAGAAAACUUUCAGGUUUCUCUAAGACCAAGAGGAAAAUGGCAAGCAAAAAAAUUUCUUUGUUGGCUCAGUUUGACGACAUUUGUCGUGGUUUCAGCUUCUGGAUCAACGACCCACUUCGAGAAUUCGAAGUAUUUGCCAACAACCAAGAAGAUUGCCGCAAGAAAUGGUUAUCUACCGAGGAAAUGUGUUCGACGGCCUUAAAGGAGUUAAACGAAGCUCGAGCCAACAGAGAGAAGUUAGAACUGCAGGUCCGCCACGUUACCGAGUUACUGAAGAACGAAAUUCUUAUUCGUCAACGACUACAAAAAGAGGAAAAAGACUUGGAACGAAAACUUAUUAUGGUCAAACAAAUCGUUACAACAGAUCAAAACAUCACUGAGGAGACACGUGACAGACUAGUUUCCAUCAGUUCGAUCGAGUCUUAUUCACGAUGCGAUUUGGAAUCGCCUGGCAAUCACUUGAUCGAUUCAACAAGUGAUGAAAUAGAGAGCAGUACUCAGUCGAUACUUUCGUCGCUGGAUAUUACGAGCGAGAAGACGGACGAAGACUUGGAACUUUCUGUCGUCCGUUCUGUCCGUAAGUUCAAGGGUAGAGCCCUGAACGAGACUGUGAACGCCCGAGAUGGGAAUAACAAACGUCCUCAUCCAGCAAGCCGGUCGAUAGCGAUUUCCAAUACGAUUGCACCUCCCGAGUUGUUUUCAAUUCCUCCUCAAACUACGCGCAAAAUCAGCAUGGAUUUCCCGGGGGAAUUUGCGUCACCGACGUCCAAUCAGUUUAAUAUGUGCAAUCAAGGAAAUGACAAAAGAAGCGUUUCGGCCACGAAAAAAGUUUUACGGCCGCACAUGUUUUCCAGCAAGGUUAUACUUAAGCAAGAAACCUGUAUUCCUUGUAGAAAUAGGAUCCGAUUCGGAAAGACUGCCUUGAAGUGUUCCGACUGUCUAGGAACUUGCCACGUUGAAUGCAAAUCUUCUAUGCCGAUCCCAUGUGUUCCUACUUGUCGGACGCCCACUCGUUUUGUCGGCUCGAUCGCCGACUAUUCACCCAAGACCACGCCCAUGAUCCCUUCCCUUAUUAUCCAUUGCGUGGAAGAGAUCGAAGUGCGAGGAUUGGAGUGCCUAGACUACCGCGCAAUCGCCCCUGAAAAAGAAAUCAUUGCAUUAAAAGAACAACUUCUUCGGGGUAAAAUACGAUCGGGAGAGAUGUCCAGCAUAAAUACUCCCGUUAUUACAAACGUUGUUCGAUCCUUCCUCCAGUCUCUCAAAGAGCCUCUGGUUACGUACACUGCUAGGGAAUCGUUCAUUAAAUUGGCAUACGUUCAAGAAGAAAUCGACGUUCAAACAGCUGUUUGUUCUCUCAUUCCUGAACUGCCUCGGCCUAACCGUGACACCCUGGCUUAUCUAAUACUCCACUUUCAACGAGUGGUGGAGAACCAACGUAGUCGUUUAUCGACUAUAAAUAUUGCAAAAUGUUUUGCUCCUAUGAUAAUUGGCCAUUCGCGCUCUCAAAUCGACGAUGGGCUUAAGAAACUUCAGGACAUGAAAGAACAGCAAAUGGUCAUGGAAAAACUCCUCAACAUUGCAAGCGAUUAUUGGAAUUGUCACGCAUCUUGCACGGAUUCUCCCAAUAACACUCCUGUAAAGGGGAAAAGAAACUUGAAGAAGACUGGCUUUUUCACAUCGCCUCAUUUUUAAACGACUGAAAUUCCUGUUUCUUUCGAACAAUUGUAUGUGAAUGCUCUUAUUAUUAGUCUGUAAUUAUUCAAUCUCGGUAGUAAACCAUCUUUCUAUGCGCAA